UCUCUCCCCUCUCCUUUUCGCGGCAGCAGUAGUAGGAAGGCGCAUCUCCGCAAACAGGUUACAUUUCACUCUAGUCGCAUCCUCGUCUUUUUCUCCAGAAGAGAAGCUAUAUCGAGUGCCGCGCGCCUUUUCUAAGCGCUUACCAUGGUGAUAAUGACCGAAUUGGGGGUCCUUCUCGUCCCGGUGAUGAUGCUGGUGGGAUCCACCUUGCAGGCGGAAAUUAAGAACGGGAAAGAGGCAGAAAAAACAGGGAAUUUCAUGGAAGACGAGCAUUGGCUGUCCACCAUUUCACAGUACAGCCGCAAGAUCAAGCACUGGAAUCGCUUCAGAGACGAAGUAGAGGAUGACUAUGUGCGGACCUUGGAUGAGAAUCAGGGAGGCUCUAAUGAAAAUGUUGACACCACCAAGGACCCCUGUCAGAAGGUGAAGUGUAGCCGACACAAGGUGUGUAUCGCCCAGGGAUACCAAAGGGCUGUGUGUGUCAACCGCAAAAAGCUUGAGCACAGACUGAAGCAGCCUUCCCUGAGGUCUCCUGAGGGAGGAUGCCGGCCCUGCCCCAUCUCCUCCUCUGUUCCUGUGUGUGGCUCUGACGGACACAACUACGCGUCACAGUGUAAACUGGAGCAGCAGGGGUGCCUCACAGGGAAGGAGCUGACUAUGAAGUGUUCAGGUCUUUGUCCCUGUCCAACCACCGCGCCCAUCACAGAGACAGAGGUCAAGCAUGAGAGUUGUACAGGGCAGGACCUCUCUGAUCUGGGGGAGAGGCUGAGGGACUGGUUCCAGCUGCUGCAGGGCAAUGCCAAGCUGAACAACAACAGCAAGACUGGAGGCAGCAACCCAGCAGUGGCUAACACUGGAUCAGUCAUGGACAGGAACGUGGUGGCCAGCUGUAAGGACUCUAUAGGUUGGAUGUUCUCUAAGCUGGACACCAACAGUGAUCUGUAUCUGGACCAGGCCGAGCUGGCAGCCAUUAACCUGGACAAGUAUGAGGUCUGCAUCCGACCCUUCUUCAACUCCUGUGACUCCUACAGGGAUGGGAAGGUUUCUACAGCCGAGUGGUGCCUCUGCUUCUGGAGACAGAAGCCCCCCUGCCUGGCUGAGCUGGAGAGGAUCCAAGUCCAGGAGGGAGGCAAGAAGAAACUGGGCCUGUUCAUCCCUAGCUGUGAUGAGGAUGGAUACUAUAGAAAGCUACAGUGUGAUCAGGCCAGGGGAGAGUGCUGGUGUGUCGACCAACACGGUGGGGAACUAGCCAGCUCCAGAAUCCAUGGCAACCCUGACUGUGAUGAGGCGCUGACAUAUUCAGGUGAUUUUGGCAGUGGGGUAGGAUGGGAGGAUGAGGAAGAGAAAGAAGCGGAGGAGAAUGAAGAGGAAGAGGAAGAAGAGGCGGAUGACGGAGGAUAUAUUUGGUAGAGGUGAAGAAAUAAUGGAGUCUAGCUGGUCCAACAUUACUACCGGAGCAUCUCAACUUCUUUUGCUUCUCUGUCUCUUACACACACACACACACACACACACACACACACACACAAAUAAUGUUCCUGAAAACACACUCUGAACAACACUGAAUCAGUCCUGGACUAAGGGAGGGGGUUGGAGGGACAGAUGGGGGGUGGGUGUAGUUGCGUGACAAUGUGUGAUAUCAAUAGCUAGCAACUGUGGUCUGACGAGUCAGGAGAUGUGUCCUAAAUACCUGGGAAUAUCUUGGCUCUUUUUUCUGUUGUAUGUACAAGACAACUUUCUCAUGGAGCAGUUUUUAGCAGCUUAAAAUGUUUUAUUAAAGGCAGGAAGCAACUGGAGGUUAUGUGCUCAUGUUAGGAACUGGAGACGCAAUUGGGUGCAUCUCAGUAGUCAAAAGUGGCAUCCUCCCCUUGCUUCCGUUCCUUCAUUUCCUCCUUUCUCUGCACUGAUGUGAACAAACUGGACAGGCAAUUAUAGUCAGGCUUUCACCUUACUGUUUUCACCAACCCGGGGCUUUCAGUUCAGGGCAGAUGGGGAGGAGACAAAGAGAGGAGUCCACUUUAGACUAAUUGCAUAUUCCUAUUGCAUCCUUUGACUUUCCCCCAUUCCAUCCCGUAUGCUUCACCUCAUAUGACAGUAGUGCUCUGUCUCAUCAAGUCUAAUAGAAUAAAGUUUCUCACGCUACACUCCUAAAUGUGAAUAAACUGUGUAUCUGAAGACAGCCAUUAUUAUUAUUAGUCCUGUAUUGCUAAUGCCUUGAGAGACUGGCAGACUGUACUGCUUGAUUGACAAGUGUCCAUUGCAUUAUCUGCAGAUCAACAUUGUGUUUAAUAAUAAAAUUAAUUGGUUCUAUGUGGCCCAACAGGGCCACCAUAUUC